CCGACUAGUUCCAACGUUGUUUGUAGUCUCAGACUCGGACCGGCCUGCUUGUCGCCACUCUCUCGUCUUCCUCUCAGGUCGGCGUGACCUUUGUUCGUCGCCUUGGACGACACGGAGGAUGAAACUACACCCUCGACGGGUGAAGAAGCCGCCAUCGGUCUGCUCAAGCGCCUCCUCCACGACCUCCUCCGAGGGGGUCAAGAGGCGCAAGAAGAAAAAUGGGACGUCGUCGCCAACCAAGAACGCCUCUUCCUGCUCCUCCCCCAGGAGUAAAUAUGACCCGGAAGAUAUCCGUGAACCGGUGUUAUCGUUAGACUCUCAACUCCCCAAUUUGGAAGUGGCGAUUCAAAACGAAAACAUUUUCACCGAGUUGGCUCCCUGGAUGGAGGAUGGCGUUUUCCCUGCACAGCAAGAAAUCACGACGACGGCGCCACGAUUUUUGCAAAGGAUGUUGAAAAAGUUGGACCUCCACUGCCGCCAGGUCACCGAGCAGUUAAAGGAGAAGGAAUUGGAAGUCCAGCUUUUGAAUAAGCGAUUGAAGGAGAAGGACGAGUCAAUCAGGAGUGAAUGGGACACGACGACGACGACGGAGGUGCUGAAAGAGGCAGCCUUGGGGAACUCGGAGAAGCUAAAGUACAUUUACGAAUAUGAUUUUGAAGCGACCAAGACUGAUUUUCAAAAUAAGCUGGACAGGAGUGAAAAGGAGCGUAUAUCGGCGAUCAAAGAGAACCAGAGGCUUAUCGAUGAUAAGAAAAACAAGAAAAUCCUCCAUGCUCGUCAGAUUGAGGCUAUGGAGGCAAAAAUAACCAUGCAGCGAAAGAGAGUCGCCUUUCUAUACGGCAUUAUCACCAAAAACCUCCCCAAACUUGACAUGAAACAAAUCCCAUCCUUCUCCAACAACCCAAAUGACGUCAAGCUGGUCAACAUUAAUGACGAGUAUGGAAAAUUCCUAAAGCAAAAGGGCGGCGAAAAAAGCCAGAAUUACUUAGAACUUGAGCUCUGCAAUGGCAAAGUAGAUGUAUGGAAAGAUGAAGAGGAUGAAGAAGAAGGGUCACCUUUACAACGACAAAAGACAGAACUGGCGGAGAGUGCCUCUGCCACUUCCUCUGAUGUCCUCGACAUGACCGCCAGCACGAAGGAAGAACAUGAAGAAGAGGGAGAUGACUUUCUCAUGGAUAGAGAGGAAGAGGGGGUUGAUUUAUUCCUGAAUGGAGUGGAAGUGGACGAGGGGGUUGAUUUAUUCCUGAAUGGAGUGGAAGUGGACGAGGGGGUUGAUUUCGUCGAGGUUGGGGUGGAAGCUCUCGCCGUUGACGACUCGACUCUAUCAGAACCCCCAUCACCAUCAAUUCAAGCUCCAAUCUCGCUGCAAUCAAAUGACGAUAAUAUAGCGUUUCAAAUCAUGGACAAGGAAGUAAAUUCUUCAGAGUUUAGUGGAAUAAUAAUUGAAUGGAAUUCUUCUCAGCUUCCACCCACCAGGAAUGAAUCGCCGCCUCCCAAGACCCCAGCAGCAGAAAAUGAGCCAAAUGAUGGCGCAGAGUUGAGCUUAAUCCCUGUCGAUGCCACUGUCGCUUCCAAUAAGAGCUCCGUCCUCAAGGACGAUCUCGCUCUCUCCUCAGACGAUGACGACGACGACGAUCUAUCCUCUUUAUCCGAGGAUAGGGAGAUUGGGGAUAUUAAUCUCUCUGAGGAUGACAGCAGCGAGGACGAAUUUCCACCUAAUACAACAGAGAAGACUUCAUCAAAGGCUUCCUCCUCCCCCUCUGCAAGUGCCAGCAACCUAGCCGCCAGUAUUAAGGCUCGCCUUACUCUUGGGUUCACCGACAUAGUGCCUGUCUCGACGGGGAAGUUGUGUGAGAAGAAAAAAUUGGAGCUUCGUCAGCAGCAGGGUAAAAGUACCAGUGUGGGAAGUGGUGGCAGCAAGAACACGACGGCUCCGACAGCAACCAAGCUGUCGCCACCAGUAAUAAUGUCGACUUCUCCGUUUAAAGUGACGCCUCCAUCGCUACCACCACCUCACAAAGUUCAAAAUGAGUCUUGUUUUCCAAUUAAGAAGACGACGACUGGAGCGCCGCGAAUACAAACCGUUUCCUCCCCUGACAAAUCAGCAAGUCAAAUUGGUGCCGGUAUUGUUGCCACACCACCAACCAGUGAAAGUGAGUCGACGACUGCGCCCGACAUGGGGACAGGACUUUAUUCAUCUUCUAGCAAGAAACGUGUCGCGUAUAGCAGGACAGUGGUGUCGCCCAAAAAAAUUGUUGCUACUCCUUCCCCCAAGAUUACGAAGGAGAAAGAACAAAGUCACAAAAUUGUAAAGAUGAUGGCGACGUUCAAUAAUAGUGUAAAGAAAACGGUGGUAGUGGAGGAUGACGACGAGAUUCUGCUUAAAGAAAGGGCGGCCUCUGCAGAAUCUCUCGCCCGUCUCGCUCGAAUGAAGAAGAGAUUAAACGCGGCUAAUAAAGGAUUCAUCAGCACGACAAAUAACAUACCGGCUGCCACCAACAUGCCCAAUAAUAGCACACCAACCAUCCCCCAAAGGUCGCCCACAAAGAAAAAGAGCAUAGAGCCUGUGACGAAUGCGAAUGAUCCUAACGUCACAGAAGAAAGCGAAGUAGUAGCGUCCUCGUCGUCAUCUGUACGAAAGCCUAAGACAAUUCGAGCACCGCAAAAAAUACUCCCAACGCCAGAAUCACAAGUACCACCACAAAUGGAAACUACGCCGCCAGCUUUGUCAAGUCCAACAAUAAUACCACAACUUGCCACGUCGUCAACGCCAAGCGCGGAAGAUAUUUUGAAAUUGCAAGCCCAAAUGGUGAUGAUGAUGGUAACGACGAAUCCUGCUUUAAUGAGUAUGUUAGGUGGCAAUCCUUCCGCUCCUGGUGCGCCACAACUGUCGUCACUUCUCGCAACGAUCCCCGGAUUUUCUGGUUUCUGUCCUCCGCCACUGCCGCCAGCGGUCAUUGUCCCAUCUGCUCAACAAGACGAUACGUGUACCACCCUAGCUGCAAGUCCGGCAAGAGCCGAGGAGAAGACCCCCGUAGUCAAGAAACGCUUUAUGCGUCCACGAGAACGCAUAUCAAAAACUCCAGUUUGUUCAAGUCCACCUCCUGUCGAAAUAGUCGAGUCUCUGCCAUCGCCGGUCAAUAAGCGGUUUAAGCGUCCACGUGAACAUAUAUCAAAAACUCCAGUAUGUCCAACUCCAUCUCCUGUCGAAAUAGUCGAGCCUCCGCCAUCGCCGGUCAAGAAACGGUUUAUGCGUCCAGGUGAACGUGUAUCAGAAGCUCCAGUUUGUCCAAGUCCUGACAAAUCUGUCGAGUCUCAGUCCCCAUCGAAACGUCUCCGGUCCAAUUCUUCCACCACCACGAUUAUGGUAGAGGAGAAAAAUAAAGAACCGCUUCUCUUAGAGUCAGCAGACGGUGAUGACGACGACAGCGAGGAAGAGGCUCUCCAAAUCGUACUGGAUUCCCCUCUCAGCCCCACCCAGUCAGAACAAGAGGAAGAAGAAGAGGAGGAUUAUUUUAGCUAUACUUCAAACGUCAGCAGCCCCAGGAUGAUUCCGUCAGAAUCGACCAUGGUGCACACAGCCCUCAUCGCGAUUAACAAGUGGGUGGAUACCCUUUCGGAAACUGAAUUGCAAAGUGGCUGCGAAACAGUGGCCACGCUUGGUGGAGAAUCCCCUCUACUUGGCCUUGAACUAAGCGAACGAAGCAUUGCCAUUGCAAUUUUUUCCGUCGCUUCCACCGCGUCUCCCGGUUUGGGAGAGGACAUAAGUACAAUUUUCGGGGGUGGAGUUUUUCUCCGAAAUUCUAAACUGAUUCAGAUCGUGUCGCUACUUUUGGAGUUGAGGAGUUCAAAAUUCUUCUCAAACCUGUGUUUCCGAUAUUUUGUGGAUGAAGUGAUUUCGGAUAGAAACCAAGUUUUUAAGAAUCCAAUCCAACUGACGAGUUUGGGCCAGUUUUACGGUUUACUUUUGAAGCAGUUUGAAAUUUUUGGGGGGUGUUCCGAAUUGCUCUUCAAAUGCCUGUGUUGGCGUCCACCCGAUGCCCAAGUCAUAAUCAUGGCCAUGCUGCGAGUCAAUUCGGAAUAUUUCAAUAAUUUUGAUUUCAAAAAUCGUGCCGUGUACUCUUUGCGAGACCGCGUUUCAGCCUUCUGCUUGACCCAUGUACCCGUGAAGUACCAAGUUCCGCAGUACCAGUCGUUACUUUCGCUCGUCAAGCUCGCAUUUAGCUGGGUCGUGCCUGACCUCACUCUCGGAGAACUCUACCCAUGCGUCAUGGACGAGAUUUUAGAAAUGGAGGGGGCGAAAGUACUAGAAGAGGCGUCGGAAAUCCUCGGCUUGCUGUUCACAAUUUGGGGGACGGAUACCUUUUCCCACUUCCGGGACAUGUUGACCUCCGUUACAAAGCGUUGGUUGGAAAUGACCAUAACAGAUGCCGCCCUAGCCGCAGUGAUUCGAGCCAUUGGGGAGAUGCCAAAAGCAUCGCUGGAAAAGUGUAAUGUUGCGCAGUUACAGCCAUUGAAGGGAUAUUUGGAAGGCAUUCUCCCACAUGGUGAAGAUUCGGUUGUACUAAAAGACGCGUUAGUGUACUCAUUGGAGAAGCUUUCAUAUGUAACUUCCAAAGUGCCCCCACUAGGCACCCUCUUUCCCCUCCUUCGUCCUAAAGAGGACAAGAAAAAGAAAAGAAAAAUGGGUUGGAAAAAGUGGAAGCAGAAACAGAAGCAGAAGGAGUUUACAAGUAAAAAAGGAGAAUCCGCAACUGUUGGUGGUUCUACUAGUGGUGGAAACGGUCGACGUAGACGUGGAAAUGGAGAUGGCUUCGCCAACAGCAAAAACAAGGCGAAAGUUAUCACUGCCGGGGCUGGUUCCAUCGGCAAGAAAAAUAAAUCUGGCAAGAAGAACAAAUCUGCCAAGAAUUCCGCUCUUAAUGGUGGCGGUGUUGGAGGAGGAGGUAGGAGAAAGUCUACCCGGCCCAACCGUGGCACUCCGCGGCGUCGCUAUCCUAUCGACGAAUAAUAAUAAAUGAUGGGAUGAACUGCCAUCUUUUCAGUUCAUUAAUUUUUUAUCUUAUUUAAGUCUAAAAUAUGUACAUAUUUCCUGUAAAUUUGUUGCGUAAUUUAAAUAAUUUAUAAGUGUCCUAAGUUUUUUUAAGACAAAAAAGUAGAUUGCAGUAGUUACAAAAUUUUGUGAUUUGUAAGUAACGUUCCCCCAUUUUUUUAAUAGAAAUUGAAUCCUUACAUAAUUAAUGUGGGGGGAUUUAAAUUUGGUGAUCUAGUUUAUUACAUUAGUUGUUAAUUAAAAUUGCAUGAAUAUUAGUUUUAUUUAGAAUUAAGUAGUUAAUAUCAAGAAACGUGCGAGUUAAGAUAUUUGUAAUACGGGCAGAACCACGGAAUAAAGAAUGUAAAGAUAAA